GCAGGACUAUUACCUGUGAAAAUUCCCAAAAUUUUACCCUAAAAUAGGACCAAUGAAAUUUGAGAAUGAAUCGCACAUGCGUAGAAAUAUGGUCGGCUCCGAACCAUUUACAACUACACAAAAAUUUUAUCAUUUGUGAAUGUGAUCAUUUUGUGUACAGAACUCCGUUUAGCAUCAGCAGCAGCAACAAUCAACAUUGAAUCAGCAUUCUAACCUAGAAGUGAACAUUUACUACAAAAAAUAUUGUAGUAUUUUUAAAGAAAACUAAAUUUCUAGUUGUUUUUUUUAUUGUUUAUUUGAAAAAGUAGAAAUUACUUUAAUUAAUUUAAUCAACUAAAAUACAGGAUGUAUGGUGGUUACGAAAAUAAUCCCAGCUCAGUACUUAUUUGUCCAUAUAAUAAUCAGCACAAAAUAGCAAGAUCAAAAUUUCCAACUCAUCUUAUAAAAUGCGAAGCGAAUUAUCCAUCGAAUUAUUUGGAAAUUUGUCCAUUUAGUGCCUCGCAUCGAUUUCCUAAAGCAGAAAUAGAGAAGCACGUGUCUUCAUGUCCCAUGAAGAGAAUCGUUGAUCUUGCUUUACAUGAAAGUAGUGUAUGCUCUAACAUUUAUGGAGGAUCAAGAGCAAAUAUGGAAUUAAGAACAACAAUUGAUUUAAUCGAAUAUUGGAGCGAAGAUGAAGACGAUUCUGGCUUUGGAUCAGUAUCAUCAAACUCUCCAACUGUAAAAGAUGCUAAUAAAUUAAAUGUUUCAAAAAGUGACGAAGACAGUUAUAAUAAACCUCUCAGAGCACCUCAUGGAUAUGGACAAGUGAGACUAAUGGACGAAGAUGAUGAAGAUGAUGAAGAUGAUGAUAAUGAUGAUGAUGACGAUAACUUUUCGCCAAAAAGUUAUAUGGGAAUGGGACGAGGGAAACCAUUGCUUAGCCGUAAUGAAAUACUUAAAAGUUUUAGUAGAGGCAGAGGCAAAAUGUUAAAUCUUCCUUAACAUUUUUAAUAGCUUUCUGUAUAUUAGCGGAAAUAUUUUUGUACAAUACGAUUUUUAUGUGAUAACAUUGUUAAAUAAUCGCAAAAUAUGCAAUUUAUGUAUGCAUAUUUAUAUUUUAUCAAAACUAAUGUUUACAUAUUUUUUUUUUUUUUUUUUGACAACUUUUGAAAUUCACCAAUUUAUAAUGUAGAUAUUUAAUCUACAUUUUCUUGUUUAAUUUAUAUAUUAUAUUUAAAUGUAAGUUUUAAUCAAUGUUUUUUUAAAAUUUUAUUCUAAUUUUGAUUUAAAUUUCUAUUUAGAUCAUGAUUAAAAGAUCUAUAAUUUUCUAGAUCAUUUUACAAUAUAAUAUUGUAGUUUAUAUAAUCUAUAUUUACAUUGUAUUAUAAUUUUGUAAUAUCAUCUAAAUUUAUAUUUAAUUUAGAUUGAUUAUAAUCAUGACCUUUUGUCUUGUUACAUUUAACAAAUUUAUACCAAUUAAAUUAACAACUAAAGUUGUGUAUGAUGGAAUAAAGUUUUUGUAUAAUUUUUGUGUAAAUAAUGUUUUGUAAUUAAUAAAUUUAGGAAAAUAUUUUUCCACAAUUUAAUAAAAAUUCUUUUCAUUGAUUUUUCAUUUCAAUGCGUUGGAUUUCAAGAAAAAUGUAUUUUUGAUUUUUAAAUUAAAACAAUACGAAAGCUAUUUAAAUUAAUAAUUAUUUGAUUUUAAAAUAAAUAUGUUUCAUAAUUACAAUAAUUGGUAAGAUUUUAAUCAAAUAUUUUAUUUAUUCUCCAAUUAUAGUUUUUUUCUGCAUAAAGUUGAACAAGCAGUCUCAUCAAGUGAUAAUUCUUACAUUUGGCCAUACAAUGAAUAAUUUACACUUAUUAAAUUGUUUAGAACGUCUGUUUCGUUUAGCAAUGAAGCGUUCCAUCCAGUUAGAAGAGAUUUUUACUUGAUUGUUUGUUUGUUUGUUUUUUUUUUUUUUUUUUUUAUUGAAAAAUGAAGCUCGGAGCAAAGCGGAAGUAUUGAAAGCAUGAAAGAUUACGAGCAUUAUUUCUAAAUUGAACAGUACAUUUUCCAAAAAAUUUAUUAUUUCUUAAUUUUCCAUUUUAAUUGCGUUGUUUACCUUCAUCAUCUUCUCUUUUUUUUGUUUUAUUUAAAUAACUCGUCUUAAGAAAUCUUCUAUCAAGAUAAAGUUUAUCAAUCUUGUUAACAGAUAUAUAUUAUAAUAGUGUAAAAUUUUACUUUUAAACCUAGGUAAAUUAUUUCAUUCAAUGUUUUAACUAUAAAAAAUUGUAGUAUUCAAAGUUAGCGUUCAAUAUAUUUUUUUGUUUUUAUUUACAUCUUAUUAUUGCUAUAGUGAACAGGAACAUUUUAAGUUUUACAAGCAAUUGGCUUUUAUUUAAACUUUAAUGUCUAACAACAAAAAUGCGUUUAAAAGAAUAUAUAAAAUUUUUACCUAUUUUUAAUUUAAAAAUUUGUUAUUUAUUUCUUUUAUUUAAUUAAAUAAUUCAAUAUAAAUUAUUAAUUAAAGAAUUAUUUCUUGAAAAUAAUAAUAUUGCGCAAUUAUAUUUCAAAAUAUUAAAUUUCCGUGAAUUUUAGUUGAAAUUAAAUUUGCAUUAUAGUUAAAAAUUCAACUUUAAUGAAAAUUACUUAAGAAAAAUAUUCUUUUCCUGAAAUUGAACAUUAAUUAUAUGAGUAACAAAGUGUUUUUAGUUUUUUUUUUGUAUGUAUUAUUUUCAUUUUUAACAAUUGGUUGUUAUUUUGUUUUUGAGCACCACUUUUUUUUUAAUGUAUUAUUUAUUUAAUUUUUCUUUUUAUUUAGUGAGCUUUCAGAAUCGUAAGUUACUGUCAUUUAGCCUUCGCUUUUUUAAAGUAUAAAUUUUUUUUAACAAUUGACUUGAGUAAUAGAAAUUGAAACAAAAAUAUUAGAACAAUUUUAUUGUUUAUCUUCUUUUUUUUUAGUUUCAUUUUUGUAUUAUUAUUUGGUCAAUAUUAUUUUUGUAACAAUAGGAAAAAUACUUUCAGUUUAGAAAUUAAAUCUAAUACGCAUUUCAGAUAAAAAGAUCUUUUAUUUUCGACUAAACUAUAAAUUCUAUUUCGUGAUUGUCUCGCUGAUAUUUAAUGAUUUAAGUAUAUUAAUGUAAAUUCACUUCAACUUUAUCGGUUUUUUUUUUUUUG